AUGACGAACAAUGUCCUGUGCGAAAUAAAUUGGGACGAUGGCUUCGCUAUACCGGUGGCAAAUGCAGAAAACAAGUCUUUGGAAGAUGAGGUACAAAAGAAGCAGAAGGAAAAAGAUAACCUUGAAAGCCAGCUGACUAAUAUUGAGGACCGCAUCCAUGCAAUGACAAUGCAUCUGCAGAAUGUUCAUCAGGAGUUAAUUAAUACACAGUCUCUGCAAAAGGCACGAGAGAAAGAAUUUGAAAGUGAACAGCAGUUCAAACAUCUUGCAGAGCGGGAGAUGGAACGUCUUAAACAAGAGAUUCGGCGGCUUGAAAAUGACAUUACUUUAUUGAGAGAGAGGAAAAAUGUUAUGGAGAAUAGCAUCUAUAGGUACACACAGAAAAUUGAGGAUUUGAAAUGCCAAUUGAACUGGGACAGGCAAGCUUUGGAGGCCUGGCUGGAGGAGUCAACUAAAACAGAUGAAGAUGCAAUCAUCAUCCAAAAAUAUGCACAAGAAGAUGAAGGAAAAAUCAGGGAUAUUACAGUACGGAUGGAAAGGAUGACUAUUGAAGCAAAUAAAAAGCGUAAAUUACUUGACAAUGAAAUGACUGAAACAAUGGCAGCUCAGAUGGAACUGGACAAAAUAGCACAUGACUUUCGUAGAUCCCACAGUGAGAGGCAAGAACUAAUCAACCAAUGGCAGGAUACUAUUGAACAGAUGCAGAAAAGAGAUCUGGAGAUGGACCAGUGUGCUUUGUCGUUAGCAGAGGUGAAGCAAGAAAUACGAGAUAAAGAAGCAGCUAUCAAUGAGAAAAUCCAAUUUCUCAAGAAUGAAACCGAAAACAAUAAAGAAUUUGAAAAAAAGAUUUCUAUAAAUGAACGUCUCUCGGCUAAACUUCGAUUAGAGUAUCAAGGGCAUGAAACAAAUCGGCUUCAACUACAAAGUGAGCUUGAAACCUUAAAAAGCAGAGUGGACAGGACUGCAACUGAUCUGGAAACUGUCAGAAGCCAUAUAGCAGAUCUGAAGCGACAAAACACGGACAAAUCCAACAAGUUAAUGAAUUGUAAAGAAGUAAACAAAGCUCUUCAGGAAAAGCUCAAGACUGCAACUGAAACAAUGCUGAGUGCUGAGGAACAAGUGACUAGGUUGGAGAAAACACUGAAAAAUGAAGAAAAUACCGUAAAGGAGCUUGAAGAUCAGAUGAAGUACCUGAAAGACCAGAAAUUUAAGAAGAGUGAGGAGUUGAACUCCUUGAAUGGUACAGUGAGAACAGUUGCAAACCAAAUAUCAGGAAAUAAGACAACACUCCGAAACCUCAAAAGUCAAAUUGACAAACUUGACCAUGAAAGCAUCAAGCAGCAGGAAGUAAUUUACAGUCAGGAUUUUCAAAUCCAGCAGCUGGAGCGAAGGUUAGCUAAAUUAGAAGGUAAUAUGAGUAGUAAUGAAAAUGAGUUGCUUGGAGAAAAGGCAGCAGAACUCUCAAAAAAUCUGGAAGAAAAAAAAAGCACAGUGAACCUAUUGAAUAUACAGCUGAAGAAACUCCAAAAUGACACACAUCAUUUGAGAAGACAGCUGGACAAAUGCAAGGAAGAGAAAACUGAUUUGACCAGUAAAAUCGAAGACAUCCAUCUCCACAUUGACACUGGAGAAAAGGAGCUAAAAAAGAACAAACUUGCUGAACAAGAUUUAAUGAUUGAAGAUAACCUUUUAAAGUUAGAAGUUGAGCGUCUGCGCGAUAUGCUGCAUAACAAAGCAGAUGAUGUAUUAUCUUUAGAAAAGCGAAAAAUUCAACUUGAGACAGCAAUGAAAGAGAGGACUGAAGAAAUCAAAAUUCACAUGGAUGUACUUCAAGUGCAGAUCAAGCACAUUGAGCAAGAACAGCAAGGUAUUAGUGCUGAAUUACAUGAAAGAUUAUCAAAAAUUGAUAAAAUGAAGAAAAGAUAUGAACUUCUUAUGGUUACAAUGAAACCUGCCGAGGGUGAAGAAGAACGAUCUCAAGCUUAUUAUGUCAUUAAGGCUGCACAAGAGAAAGAGGAACUUCAAAGUCAGGGGGAUGAGCUUGAUGCUAAAAUUUCCAAAAGUGAAAAAGAACUAAGAGCCCUGGAGAAUACAUUGCAGCUGCUCAACAAUCAAAAUGCGACAUACCAAAAAUCUUUCAACAGGGUGUCAGAAACAAGUGAAGAAUUUGAGAAUAAAUUAAAGUUGGAGGAACAAAAAAGGGCCAUUCAUGACAAGUACAGAUACAAGCGCAGGCAAAUACGAGAGCUUCAAGAGGACAUUCAGUGCAUGAUGAACACCUUCGACAACCUAUUAAGAGAACAAUCAGCACUUCAUGCAAUGGUUGAAGAGCAACAUGACAAAACCAAACAUCUCAUUAAGGAGCUGGAUGAUCAGAAACUCAAGUUGGAAAGAGUGACAAAACACUGCUCUAAAGUAGUCAGAGAUAUCCGUUCUGCCAAGAAAAGCCCAGGACAAACCCAAGAGGAGCAAGAUAUUGAUCUUCGUGAACUACGAGACUUUAACAAGUCAUUGAAUAAGCUAUUAGCUAAUGCAAUGGAUGCUUGUCCAAGUUUGGCUGCAGAUCUUCAACUUUAUUUUGACCAGGCUGGUUUACCGUUACCAAGUGCACCAACAUCACCAAGUAGUCAUCACAGUUCAAGAUCACCAUCUGUUCACAGUUCUGCAUCAACAACAAGAACCCUUGGCUCUUCUCGAAGCUUACUAAGCCAAAAUACUGUAGCAACAGUUAAUCUGGAUCUAAAUCUAUCUGUACCUUCACCAAAGCAUAGUGCAUCAUCCACGAGAAGUCGAUUGAGUAGUGUAAAAAGCAGAUCUUCUAGCAGCCACAGCCAGAAGAGCCAAUAA